AUGGCAGAAGAAAAGAGACCUACCGUAGCCUUCCUGGGCCCAGAAGGUAGCUAUACACACCAAGCAGCUCUAGACGCCUUUCCCCCGACAUCAACACCCCCGGUAACGCUAACUCCCGAUAUCACAAUCGAGGAUGUCUUCUCCGCCGUCCAAUCCGGCACCGCAUACCGGGGCGUCGUCCCCUUUGAAAACAGCUCAAACGGCAGCGUAGUCUUCACUCUCGACCUCUUCGCCGACCUAAACAACAAGUAUCCCGAUAUCCUUGUUUGUGGCGAGGCUUAUGUGGAUGUCAAACACUGUUUGUUGGGUUACUCGCCUGGAACUCCUACCACAACCACGCAAGAUGGAGAAGAUGGCAAAGCUACCAAAGACUACGGAAAAGAAGAAUUCUCACACAUUAAAAAACUCUACUCCCACCCCCAAGCCUGGGGCCAAUGCAAGUCCUUCCUCACACGUUACCUCAAGACGGCCGAACGCCACGACGUGAGUUCCACGAGCAAAGCCGCCGAAAUCGCUAGUCGGGAUAAGAGCGGCGAGUCGGCUGCAUUAUCUAGUUUCAUCGCUGCAGAGCUAUUUGGGCUGGACGUCUUGGCAAAAGAAAUCAACGAUAAGAAGGGGAAUAAAAAUGUGGAAAAGCUCAUUCCCAUGUUCUUCGUUUACGAAUCAACUCGCUAG